CAGAAUACGUUCGGUGUUUUUGCAACUUACCUUCAUGUGUUAUGACUGGAUACAUGUGUAAAUCAAGUGGCGGAGGCUGCUUUUCUGAUGUAAUUGUCCCUGGAAAUGAUGACAAAGGACGACACGGAUGUUUGGAGUUUCUGGACGAAAAAUACAGAUGUCACGGAAAGAGCGGCAUCAAUGAAAGGACAACAAUAAGAAGAAAAGAAAACUCAAAAUCCCAUUUGAUGUGUUGCCACCACGACAUGUGCAAUCACAUAGAAAGCCCUCAAACGUUAAAGAUCAUCAAUAACACAUUAUUAGAUGAUCAGUCAGUAGAAGAAACAGAAAGCAAAUAUCCGCAGAGACAAGAGCCUGUUUUAUAUUCCGAUUCAGAAGUAUGGUUUAGAGCAGCUACCAUAGCUGUUCCCAUAUGUGGAGCCGUCAUUUUAUUUGUUCUUAUCGCUUUAGCUGUUAAAAUCCUAAAAAGCGAACAUCAAAAUUCUGUGAUUAACAAAUUAGGGCCAGCUUACUAUGUUCAACCCAUUCAACAAAAGAACGCCAAAGAUAAAGGCAACCAAGAAAAUUUCCAUCUAACUUACGACAAUCUUCUUCGAAAAGAUUAUAUUGCACCACCGCACCAUAACUUCUAUUGUGCACACGCCGAAGAGUAUAAGGGACAGUUUCGAGAACCUUUAAUUCAAAGCGAGUGUAGCACUAGUGAAGAUAAAAAUAUUAACCAUACAAGGUAUAAUCUCGUGAAUUACGAAGAUUCCGGCAAAUCCAUAAUUCUGGAAAUAGAGAAAGAAAACGUUCCUCGUUCUUAA